CUGAAGCUUGAACCCUUCCCCAACCGCAACACAAUUUUAAACUCCUCCACCUCCCAUUCUUCUCUGAAUUCCAAAUUCUGUGCUUCUCUCCCUCCCCCUCCUAACUCUGAAUCCACCUUCCUCUACCCUCCAUCAACCACCUCUAUCGCCAUGGCCUCGGUUCGGAGGGCCCUGCAAUCCGGCCUAAACAUUCCACUCAUCAAGCGAAAUCCCAAUGAGAAUCUCAACAUGGAGCUUUCCAUCCCAACCCAUUUCCGCUGCCCGAUAUCCCUCGAGCUCAUGAAAGACCCGGUGACGGCAUCGACGGGCAUCACCUACGAUCGCCAAAGCAUCGAGACGUGGAUCGAGCUCGGGAACCAGACGUGCCCGGUCACGAACCAAGCGCUGAAGAGCCAAGAUCUCAUCCCCAACCACUCCUUACGGAGGAUGAUCCAGGAUUGGUGCGUUGCAAACCGUUCCUCGGGCAUCGAGAGGAUACCCACGCCGCGGAUCCCCGCGACCCCAACACAGGUCUCGGAAUUGCUGUCCGAGAUUGCUUUAUCUAGCCGGGAGGGGGACCGUCGCCGGUGCCGUGAAUUGGUGGCAAAGAUCAAAGCCUUGGGGAUGGAGAGCGAGCGGAACCGGCUGUGCAUUGCGUCAUGUGGUUCGGGCCGCAUCCUGUCCAACUCUUUUCGCGAACUGGCCCGGGGAUCGACCGUCAACUCCACGACAGGAGUUAUGGAAGAGAUCCUGUCGGCAGUUGUUGGUUUAUUUCCUCUUGACAGCGAGGCCCAUCGGCACAUAGGAGCCCCCGAGUCUCUGGAAGCCAUCGUUUCCAUUCUGAAAACCGGGGACUUGGGAGGAAAGCUUAACGCGGUUUUGGUGCUAAAAGAGCUUGUUGCUUCCGUGGACGCGGAGCAAAUCAAUGUCGUGGCGGAGACCGAUGGAUUGAUCGAAGCACUGGUGAAGCUGGUCGAGAAGCCCAUUUCACCUCAAACCACGAAGGCCUCAUUGGUGGCCACCUUCUAUUUGGUUUCUUCUAGUGAGAGGACCGCGGAGAGAUUUGUGGAGAUGGGAUUGGUCUCUUUGCUUCUAGAGAUCCUCGUCGACUGGGAGAAGAGCAUGUAUGAGAAGGCUUUGGGGGUUCUCGAUGGUGUUCUUGAUUACAAGAGAGGCAGAGAGAUGGCUUAUGAUCAUUCUCUGACUGUGCCCGUUUUGGUUAAGAAGAUGUUUCGGGUCUCGGACAUGGCUACGGGGUUUGCAGUCUCGGCUCUCUGGAAGCUCUGCAUGAAUUAUAAGAAGGAAGGAGGGGACAGAGCAGGGGAAGGGUUCUUGGUGGAGGCUCUGGAAGUGGGGGCUUUCCAGAAGCUAUUGCUUCUACUGCAGGUGGGUUGCAAUGGGACAACCAAGGAGAAGGCAAGCGAACUGUUGAAGCUUUUGAAUGGCUCCAGGGAAAGGGUGGAAUGCAUUGAAACAGCGGAUUUUAAAGGGCUCAAGAGACCUUUUUAAUUGUUCAGGCGAUCAAUGGUAUAGGAAACGAAAGAGAACACAGUUUUUUUUUUGGCUCCAUUCUUUGUACAAAAAUGCAAAGAUUGCAACCCUCUCCCCCGCCCCGGAAAAAAAAAAAGAAAAAAAACAAGAAGAAGAAAAAAAACGAAACAAGAAUUUUUCAUCACUUGCUUCUACUUUCUGCUUUUUUAGUGAUUGCAUGGUUUCUAUAGCAUGCAAACAAUUGCUUGCCUUUUUACACCCAUAGCCACAACAAGUGUAAAUUAUUCAAAAAUUUAGUGAUCAUGAUGAACUUCACAUAGUGAUUCUACAAA